AUGAAACCAAGGGCCUUAUUGAAGCAAGCCGAGACGAAGGGGGAGGAGGCCUUUGGAGGCAGCCACGCAGCUAGCCCGAACACGGAAGGGGAAGACACUACUUUUUCCCAAUGCGAAAGCGAAGGCGAUGAGAUGAUUGCCACCAGAUUUUCCGCGACCAACGCGCGCUUUCUGCAAGGCAUAGCCUCGAAAAACCCCAAAGGGGACCGGGCAGCUCUCACGAUGAACCAUUGGGGAAUUCCAGCACGGGACACCCGGCCGAGACGCAGUGAAGCAAGCACCUUCUCCUUUGCAAGAUUUGCCACGAACCACACCGUUUCUCAAUCCGCAUUCCUCAACCGACCAUCGAAAUCUCACAAGAAUCCGAUAUCAAAUUUCAUGUACAGCUCCCAAUUCGCGUCCCAAUAUCAAAUCUCCUCCAUUCGAGUGAGUGCCUCUCACGAUACCUUCGGAAAUCGGCUCACACCCGCACCAUAUCCCGUACCUCAAUCCGAACGCACAUUCCCCGACUCACGCAUGCUCCAGGUACCGCCCAGACACGAACGGCACGUGAAUCUCGGCUGGAUAAUUCGGCCCCGAGAGGCAUUCCCGAAACUUUGGCCAAAAUCCUUCCACCCCGCCAGUCAUGAUGUCCGUCUCCUCUCACCAACAAACCUCCUCAUCAAAUUGCAAGGCGACAGACACCAUUCCGUCCAUCGCUUGUCUCCCUCCUCCCUCUACUUCUGA